AUGAAAGCUAUACCGUUGAAUAAAGAUUCUAAAAGGACAGCACAUGGUGAACCAAUUGAAGAAGCAGCUGCAUCUGUUUGUCUUAAAGCUUCUGAUCAAAUUAUAGCUGUCGGUGUAAAUUGUGUACAUCCAGACACAGUUGUUCCUCUUAUCAAACAAAUGAAUAAAAUCGAUUGUGAUUUUAUAGCCUAUCCUAAUGCUGGUGUUAUAUGGGAUUCUGAAAAACAGUAA